CAAUAUUUUAUAGAUGAAAUUCAAAAUCUUGACCAAAAAAAUGUGUGAGAAUUCAAAAUCAACAUAAACAUCAAAAUCAUCAAAUUGCUUAUAAGCAAAAGAAAUGAGAAAUGGCAAUAGCCACGGAAUUAAAAUAUUGAAAAUGAUUAGUUGAAUAUGUUAUUUGAAAUUUGUAUGUAAAUACUGAAUUAACCACAAAAUCAGAAACCACGGGGUUCCUCCAAGUAUUGUCAACACGUUAAUGUGAACCAGUUAGCAAAGAGGACGAAUGUAACGCAACUUUCUGUCUUGUUUGAAACUUGGAAGUUCUUUCUCCUCCUUAUAAGAAGAGCUCUAACUCCUAAAAUAUAGGAGAAAGAAACACAUCCUGGUUAUCUUCUCUUCUUUCAAACCCUCUUUGUGUUUAUAUUCUCUUUGUUUCCUUUGCACCGAUCAUGAAAUUCAUUGUCGUCUUCCUCUUGUUCUUGAUGUUGACAGUCCCUGUUCGACGAGCUCAGAGAACAACAACAACAACAACAACAACAACAGAGUUCAGUUUCGGUGGUUUUAGCGGAAACCAAUCGCAAAUUCUGACGACAGGAGUAGCGACGAUCAAACCGGACGGAUUGUUGAGGCUCACUGACCGAAACGCAAACGUCACCGGUACAGCGUUCUACAGUAAACCGGUAAGAUUGCUGGCAAAUUCAACGGUUGGUUCGUUUAGCACAUCAUUCGUGUUCGUGAUCAUCCCUACAAGCUCCAGCAACGGGGGGUUUGGGUUCACCUUCACGCUAUCUCCGACUCCAGACCGCCCCGGAGCCGAAUCGGCGCAGUACUUGGGACUUUUGAAUGAAAGAAACGACGGGAAUCUUACGAAUCACGUAUUCGCUGUUGAAUUCGACACGGUACAAGGAUUCAAAGACGUUUCUGAUCGAUCCGGGAAUCACAUCGGUCUGAAUUUCAACAACCUGGCAUCGGAUGUUCAAGAACCGGUCGUGUAUUACGACAAUGACGAGUCUGACCGAAAAGAGGAUUUCCUACUUCAGAGUGGUGAUCCGAUACAAGCACUUUUGGAUUACGACGGACCAACCCAAACGCUUAACUUCACGGUUUAUCCGGCACGUUUGAAGUCUAGACCCGUAAAGCCCUUGAUCUCGCGACCAGUCCCAAAGUUGUUAGAGAUCGUGCAAGAAGAAAUGUACGUGGGUUUCACGGCAGCCACGGGGAGAGACCAGUCCAGUGCUCAUUACGUGAUGGGUUGGAGUUUCUCAAGCGGCGUAGAUCCUCCUCCUCUUGUUGCAGAACCGCUCAACCUCUCGGAGCUUCCUCAUCCGCCUCCUAACACUGCCAAGAAGACAGGUUACGACCCUCAGGUCCUCUCUCUGAUCGUGGCUCUAUCAGGAGUAACGCUCAUCUUGCUUGCUUUGCUAUUCUUCUUCGUCAUGUAUAAGAAGCGUUUGCAACAAGGAGAGAUUCUCGAAGACUGGGAGAUCAAUCAUCCUCACCGGCUCAGAUACAAAGAUCUCUACGCUGCUACUGAUGGAUUCAACGUGAACCGGAUCAUCGGCACCGGAGGAUUCGGCACCGUCUUCAGAGGAAGCCCCUCCUCAUCUUCUUUUUCCUCUGAUCAAAUCGCCGUCAAGAAGAUAACUCCCAAUAGCAUGCAAGGUGUUCGAGAGUUCGUGGCAGAGAUCGAGAGUUUAGGGCGUUUAAGGCACAAGAAUCUGGUGAACCUCCAAGGAUGGUGCAAACACAAAAACGAUCUCUUGCUCAUUUACGACUACAUCCCCAACGGAAGCUUAGACUCUCUGCUUUACAGUAGACCGCGACAAAGCGGCGCCGUUUUGUCUUGGAACGUGCGUUUUCAGAUCGCCAAAGGAGUCGCGUCUGGGCUGCUCUAUCUCCACGAAGAAUGGGAGAAGAUUGUGAUCCACAGAGACGUCAAACCCAGCAACGUUCUCAUCGAUGAUGACAUGAACCCGAGACUUGGUGAUUUCGGGCUCGCCAGGCUUUACGAACGCGGGGGUUCGCUGUCCCACACCACCGUUGUCGUCGGCACCAUCGGCUAUAUGGCCCCCGAGUUGACACGCACCCGUAAAUCAUCGACCGCGUCUGAUGUUUUCGCGUUUGGCGUUUUGCUGCUAGAGAUCGUAUCCGGGAGAAGACCUACCGACUCUGGAAACUUCUUCUUGCCAGAUUGGGUUAUGGAGCUGCGGGAGAUUCUCACUGCUGUGGAUCCAAGACUAGGAUCUUGUUACGACAGUAUAGAGGCAAAGGUUUCCCUCGCCGUCGGAUUGCUCUGUUGCCAUCAGAGACCGGAGUCUCGGCCAUCCAUGAGAAUGGUGCUUAGGUAUUUGAACGGAGACGAAGAUGUUCCUGUGAUUGAUGACCAUUGGGGAUAUUCAGAUUCUUCAACAAGUGAUUUAGGAUCCAAGUUUGAAGGUUAUGUUUCGUCUGAUAGGGCUUCGAGCUCAGUUACAUCUUUCUCCAUUACAAGGAUUUCUUCUACUUCUGUUAUCAGUGGUAGAUAGUUUAUUCCCACUUUCGUUGCAACUUGCAAGGCAAGUAUAAUGUUAGGGCUAGUUUUCUUGUUUUUUUUUUUUUUAACUCGUUUGGCAUUUACCGAUUACAACGACUCGUUUGACAACCGCGUUUUUAACGGUUCGGAUAUUAUUGUUUUCUCGAUCUAGUAAUAACUAAAUAGAGUAUGACUCGAGGAAGCUCAAGGAAAAUUAUACUAACACCUUUAAGGUUAAUAGUUGCAUAGUAUAAACAUGCAUCAAUAAGUUUUGUUGGUGGUUUUGAAGAAACUGGAAUUGUUAAAUUGCUAAACCUAAAUGAUUGUCCUAUUUAAUAAUUAAGAUCUAUUUUUAAUUUUUAUUCAACCUCAGCCGUUGAAUGAUGUUUUUUAAUUGAAUUGGAUAAUGCAAACUGAUUCUCCAAAUUUUAAAAAUAUAAUGCAAUUCAAUUCGUUUUACUUUUCAAAUAGAAAAUCAACAAACCCUAUAUUUAAAAACUAAGUUUGUUGGGAUGUCUAUUUCUGUUAUAUUUAUAUGAUCA